GCACAAUCGUGGCCGGGCGGAGCGGCUUUCGCAGCGCGCUCGGGAAGGAAAAAAAAAAAAAAAAAAAAAAAACGAAAAAAAAAAAGGCGGAGGUGAGGGAAGUUUAAAGCGCUGCCCGCUGACGGGAAGGGCCCCUCGGCACGCCGGCUGCUUCAGCGCUGCCUCCCGGGAGCGAUCGCGGCCCCCGCAGCCCGGCCCCCCCCGGUGCCCUCGGCAAGAUGGCAGAAAGUCGGCGUGUCCCGGCACCUCGGGGCGCCCCGGGGGCCUGCUGCCUUCCACGGCCCCGCCGUGGGCUCGAUCUCCCUCCCCGGCCGUGCUUCCGGGGCUGUUUCGGUCGGAGCGAGCCGCUUCGUCAGGCGUGCGUCGGUGGAUGGCUCCCUGUUAGCUCGGGAAACACAAAACGUGUUGUGGGGUCGUGUGGCCAAGUGGAUCGUCCUCAGAUCGCAAAACGAUCCCUUUCGAAUACGCCAUCAGGACUUGUUCCCCUGUGUUGAGCGGGUGAUAUCACUUGGGUUGAAGCACGGCUAGGAUACUCCCUGGUAUGCUUUGUCAUCAACUCAUGCUUAUGAAACGCAGCCGGGCGCUGCAGGAACUUAGUGACUUAGCCCGUGAUCCUCCAGCACAGUGUUCAGCAGGUCCCGUUGGAGAUGACAUGUUUCAUUGGCAAGCCACAAUUAUGGGACCUAAUGACAGUCCAUAUCAGGGUGGUGUAUUCUUCUUGACAAUUCACUUUCCUACAGACUACCCUUUCAAACCACCUAAGGUUGCAUUUACAACAAGAAUCUAUCAUCCAAAUAUUAACAGUAAUGGCAGCAUUUGUCUCGAUAUUCUAAGAUCACAGUGGUCUCCUGCUUUAACUAUUUCUAAAGUUCUCUUAUCCAUUUGUUCACUGUUAUGUGAUCCAAAUCCAGAUGACCCGCUAGUGCCAGAGAUUGCACGUAUCUAUAAAACAGACAGAGACAAGUACAACAGAAUAUCUCGGGAAUGGACUCAGAAGUAUGCCAUGUGAUGCUACCUUAAAGUCAGAAUAACCUGCAUUAUAGCUGGAAUAAACUUUAAAUUACUGUUCCUUUUUUGAUUUUCUUAUCCGGCUGCUCCCCUAUCAGACCUCAUCUUUUUUAUUUUUUUGUUUACCUCCUUCCAUUCAUGCACAUGCUCAUCUGAGAAGACUUUAGUUCUUCCAGCUUUGGACAAUAACUGCUUUUAGAAUCUGUAAAGUAGUUACACAAGAACGAUUGCCCAAGAUUCUGAAUAUUUUUUUUUAAUGGAGCAUGUGUAUUAUGUGGCCAAUGUCUUCAUUCUAACUUGGUUAUGAGAUUAAAAAACAAACAUUCCUCACUGCUCUAACAGAUACUGAAGAUACCACCUGAAAGGGGGGAGGGGAGAUGGAUGUUCAGUUUUCACCCAUCAAAGAAGUAACUUCGCUGUAGCAACAUCCAUCUUGUUCCAAACCUUCCAGUGUUAGAGAACUGAGGUUUUAUUAUAUAUUUUUGCUCAUAACUGAUGUGUCUGGAGAAUUGGUACUGAAUCUAUAGCAUCAGCAGAACAGAAAAUGUGAUGUAUCUUAUGCAUGUCAAUAAAGGAAUGACCAGUUCUUGUUUUACAGAGAAUGGAAAUUGGAAGUCAAACAUCCCUUGUAUUCCAAAAUAGGGUCUAAGAACAUUUUUGUAAUUCAUUUAAAUUUUGUUAGGAGGCUUGGAGCUAUUAGUUAAUCUGUCUUCCAAAACACUGUUUAAUAUAGCACUGAAUAAAUGAUGCAAGUUGUCAAUGGAUGAGUGAUCAACUAAUAGCUCUACUAGUAAUUGAUUUAUUUUCUUCAAUAAAGUUGCAUAAACCAAUGAGUUAGCUGCCUGGAUUAAUCAAUAUGGGAAACAAAAUCUUUUGUAAAAGCAAAGCUGGUUUUUGUAUAUACUGUUGGGAUUUGCCUCAUUGUUUAACAUCAAAUAAUGAUGUGAAGUUCAAUAGAGUGAAUCUUUUGCCAUUUUCAGUUAUAAUGCUCAGUCUGUUGCAGGUUGACACAUUGUUCGGCCUGAUGUAUGCAGAAUUAAUAAGCUAACCUAGUAGUGUAGCCUUAGUAGUGUGCUACACAUGGUGCUGGGAGCCCAGCGUUCAAGGAUGGACUGGGGACCCAGCAGAUCUGAAGUGGUGUAUUGUGGAGACACUUCCUGAUGCACCUGUGUUUGCUGACUGAGAACCUUUUUCUUCACCUUGUACACUUGACAGCUGAAAGAUCUUAAUGUGGGAGUAAUGAUGAGGCAAAAAAAAAUAUAAAAUAAAGUACUGUUUUGAUGUGGGAA